UCCCACAUACCGUCGUGUAAAACACGCGCCGAGAGUGUUUUCCACUGAACACAACAAUGGCGGGCAAUUCAUUUCAGUUCUCCAACGAUGUCACUGACUCUUCUUCAUCACCAUUACUUGUUAUAUACUGCUUCACCUCUCCUUCGCAUUCGUAUCUCGCUCUUGUUUGUUCUCCCAAUCUUUCCGCUUAGAUUCUCUCUCCCGUCUCUCCCUGCAAUUCCAUGGAAGACGCUCUUCUCGAUGCUGGCAUGGACGAAGUCCAGAAGCGCCGCAUGUUCGAUGAUCGAUGCAUUUUAGUGGAUGAGAACGAUCGUGUCGUGGGUCAUGAAUCCAAGUAUAACUGUCACUUGAUGGAAAAUAUCGAAUCUAAAAACUGGCUGCAUCGCGCUUUCAGCGUCUUUCUAUUCAACUCCAAAUAUGAACUGCUUAUUCAGCAACGAUCUGCUAAAAAGGUGACGUUUCCGCUUGCGUGGACGGACUCGUGCUGCAGCCAUCCAUUGUAUAAAGAAUCUGAUCUAAUUGAGGAGGAUGCCCUUGGUGCAAGGAAGGCUGCCCAACGGAAGCUGUUGCACGAACUCGGUAUUCCUGCUGAAGAUAUCCCGGUCGACCAGAUCAUUCCGGUUGGUCGAAUGCUAUACAAGGCACCCUCAGAUGUCAAAUGGGGGGAGCAUGAAUGUACUUUCCCUGACUAUAACUCAUCUGUUUACAACUUGAGCUGAAUUGGUAUCACAUUUGUUCUAAUAAGUGUAAUGUAAUCACGUUGGAUCUCUACUGACCUAAAGAUGUUACGGUUUAUAGCAUAUUCUAUUAUCUAUAAAUAAAACAGCUAAAACUU